AGCGUUUCGCGGCUGUCAUCAUGCGUAUUCGUGAACCGAAAACCACCGCCCUGAUCUUCGCAUCGGGAAAGAUGGUCGUGACUGGAGCCAAGUCCGAAGAUGACUCGAAGCUAGCCUCGCGCAAGUACGCUCGCAUUAUCCAGAAGCUCGGCUUCAACGCCAAGUUCACGGAUUUCAAAAUCCAAAACAUUGUCGGUUCUUGCGACAUCAAGUUCCCCAUCCGUCUUGAGGGCCUGGCUAGUCGCCAUCACAACUUCAGUUCUUACGAACCGGAGCUGUUCCCUGGUCUGAUCUACCGCAUGAUGAAGCCCAAGAUUGUCCUCUUGAUUUUCGUCAGUGGCAAGAUCGUUCUGACCGGCGCUAAAGUCCGUGAGGAGAUCUACCAGGCGUUCGAAUUGAUCUACCCUGUGCUUUCCGAUUUCCGCAAAGUUUAAAUGGCUCAGCCAACCGGACCCAGGGUGAUCAUCGCCCAAUCUUUCAAACUAACCGCGUUACGCACGCCUUUGUAUCAACAGUUUUUUUCCCUCUUUUUUUUCGCCGUCGUCUGGAGAGUAAACACCUUUCUUUCGGCGACACCUUGAUGAUUCUUUUUCUGCUUCUUUCUAGCAUUUGCA